AUGGAUCCCAUCUCCUUCAAUGAGACAUUCAUCAAGGAUAUCUUUGAUGAAAUCGGUGGCAUUAACGGUAAACGUAAAGGUGUUGAUCUUGUUCGUGAAAUUGCAACUGCUGCUAAUGAUGUUACAACACAAGAUAAAUGCAAUUAUUCAGCUAGGGAUGAGGAUGGGUGCAUUCGUCAAAAUGAAACAAUACAUGAGCGUAGUGACUUGAUUACUGAUGGAGUUUCUGCAGAGUUUGACAAUGAUGAUGUUGCGUCGUUGAGUAAUGAAUCUGAAGAUUAUCGAUCUCAAGACAUGGAGGAAACGUUUGAUGGGUCAAAAUAUGGGUUUCCUAGUGUAGAUGUAAAAUAUAAUCCUAAGGUGGGUGAUUCUUUUGAGUUUGUAGAAUCAGCUGAGAAAAUAUAUCGGAAAUAUGCCAAUGAAGCUGGGUUUGAUGUACGUUUAUGUAACAAGAAGAUAAAUAAGCUUGGUCGUAUCACGUCGCGGUUUUAUGUGUGUAGUAAGGAAGGGAGGCCACAAAGUAAGUAUUUUGAUUCCUUAGAUGUUCUUCCAGGUGGUCGUAGAAUCCGAAAUUCAAAUAUCAAGCGUUCCGGUUGUGGAACAUGUUUAAAAAUUCACUUUGUUAAAGAACCGAAUCAAUACGAAGUUUACAAGUUUGUUGAGCAGCACAAUCACAUCCUUUUUAAUAAAGAGGAGAUGAGGUUUUCACGUUCUAAAAGGCAACUACACUACGUUGAUCAUAAAAAUGUAUUUCAUGGUUCUAGCUCCAAGGUUGGCGUCACCAAAUCUCAUAGAUUCAUGAAAGCCGUUAAGGGUGGUGUAGAUUCAUCGGGUGGCACUGUAAGAGAUCAUCAAAACUUCAAACGCGAUAUGGCAUAUUUUGUUGGCAAUAAAGACGCACAAAUGUUAUUAAAUGUGAUGGCUAAUAGGAGGAAGGUUUGUCCUGAGUUUUUUUUCGAGUACAAGUUUGAUGACAUGGAGUUGUUAGCAACUUUUUGGGCUGGUGAGACUGCACGAUCAAAUUAUAGGGAAUUUGGCGAUGCAAUCUCAUUUGAUGCAACCUUUAGGACCAACAAGCAUGCUAUGAUAUUUGUUCCGUUCGUUGCAAUUGACAAUCAUAAGAAAUCCAUUGUUGUUGGAGCUGCAUUAAUUCAUAAUGAAUCUGUAGUUGAUUACACUUGGGUAUUAAAAGUGUUUGUAAAAGCACAUGGACGUCAACCACGUUUCGUUAUCAUCGACCAAUGUGCGUCGAUGAAACAAGCAAUUCCCAUUACAUUUUUUGAAUCCAAGAAUCGAUUGUGUAUGUGGCAUAUCAUUAAAAAGGUGAAAUCGAAGAUUAGUAAUUACCUCCAACACCGUACGCAGUUCGCUAGAGAAUUUAAUAAGUUGGUGUGGAACGUUCACCUUGUUCCUAAUGAAUUUGAGAUGCAAUGGAACAAUCUGAUCGAAUUUUAUGGAUUACGUGGAGAUCCAUGGUCUGAUGAAUUGUAUGAUAUCAGGGAGUCAUGGAUUCCAGCUUACUAA